AUGGGUCCAUAUUUGUGGGUGAUGAUAUUAUGUGCGGCCUUAGAGACGCAGGCGGGGAUUCUUGAUUUCAAGACGCAUGAAGUGUAUGACUUCCAAAAACUUGAUUUCCCCAAUGACUUUAAUUCCGUAACCGUACAUCUAUCAGUGUUAAAAAAAGGAAAAACGAUUGAAAUAUUAUGUCCGAGAAGGCGUAAUGGAAUUACGUUUAACUUACUCCCAAACACCGUCGAAACCAUUACCGAUGGAGAUAUAUUUGCAUACGCCACAUUAGACGGGGUGUACCAGAAAAUAAAUAUGAAUCAGAUCAUUGUAACUGACAAUCCACCAAAUUAUGACCACCCAGAAUAUCGAUUAGGUGUUAGUCGGUUGGUAAUAAAUCACCAUGGUAUAGCCUUGUAUAGAAGGCGUAAUUUCGACAGUUUCGAUUUACAUUGUAGUUCCGCUGUAUACGUCAAAACAGUGGCUGAAUCGUUAACUCCAUGUUUGGGCGAUCCAAAUUCGGCAGGGAAUCCAUCAAUUAAGUGCCCUUGUAUAGGUUGUGUCAAACCUGGAGCGCCACUAUUGGGUAUCAUUCGCAUCAUGAUAACUGACUUACCAGUAUUAAUUAGAGGUUGUGGGACCAUGAGAAUACCCCUACUUAUUGACGAAAUCAAUAAUGACACCGAUAUCCCGCGAUCAUGUUCGGUGGAUGUAAUGGAGGCUCGUACUGUGGGAUUUUACUGUAGAGGACGGGUAGAGCCUCCGGACUGUCCUACCCGUAUGUUUGACAGUGUAAAUCACCGUAGUAUGAGAAUUCCCUUCAACUUUGAUGUCACAUCAGAAAGCUAUGAAGGCGGUACCUUGUUGGUCAUGACUUACAACGUCUCCACUGUAACUCUACCAUUUUCUGGAUAUUGUAAAUGUGUCGAUUUAGUCAGUACGUUAACUAAUGCUGUCAUAACCAUGAAAAAUAAUGAGGAGUAUAUCUGCAAUAUUGGUGAAUUACUUUUCAGACAUUUGUCCAACCCGAUAGUAGGCGAUUGGUGUGACGUAACACUGUAUCCGGGUGGAAGGCUGAAUAUUAUUUUCCCUGUAAACGAGGAAUCUGCGUUGCAUAAAACUACGGGGAUGGGGAAACCCAACGUUAUCAUCUUAUCUUCGACCCUAAUUCCUGAUGAACCAUCCAAAAAUGGACUAACUCGUAACGUCUCCAACAAUGUGCAUCAAUAUAUGCCCAUAUCACUAGAACCUCUAUAUAAAAAUGGUUUCCUCGAACUAGAGGAGUCACUAAAUGAUUUAGGAAUAGUUAUAUUAAAACAUUUACAUAACCUUAAUUCGUCUUCAAGGUUGGACGUCGGGCACUUCUAUUAUAGAUGUUUAUUUACUAUUUUGACUGAUAAUAUGACCAUAGUUAGAGUGAGGGCUACAAUCAAAAUUACUUUAACACCGCAAAAAAAUUAUAAAAUAGUAUAUGAGGAAGAAUCCCCAACGUUCUGCAACGCGGGUGAUAUUCAUGGGUCCGAAAAAAAUCAAUUGAAGACAAGGGAACAUCUUACGCCACAAAUACACGAGUAUUAUGCAGAAGGAAAACGACAUAAAGCCCUUUACUGCCACAACGGUGAGCAAUUGGUCCCAUCUGAAUGUACUAAGGUGGCCUUCAAUGCUGAAAAGGCCUCGGUUGUACCUCUACCCGCCAGUGUUAUUGUUCGUUAUCACCCUUUAGUUGAUAGUAUGCGCGAGAUAGUUGUAAAUGGCACUGGAUCGGCCGUAUUUAGUAUAUCUUGUAGCUGCGUGAACACCGACGGCAUCGAAACUUCGAGGUUUGAAAUUCAUGGAUUACGUCAAAAUACCUUUGUUAAUGGGUUUCCUAACCGUACUAUGACGUCAGUAAUCAUGAUACCUCAUGUUGAGAUGUUUCAUAUAGGAAGACAGGAGGUGAGAUUUUCCGUAAAAAAAAUCCCCAUACCAGAAAUCAUUGAAAUGGAAGAUGAAAUAAGGUUAAACAUAGGUGACAAAAUUAGUCUCAAGUGUAACCCACCUAUGGACUAUAAAAAUAGGUUGCGCGUAUCAGUCCGAUUCGACAAUAAGCCUUUUCGUGAAAAAGCAGAAUCCACAAUAUUGGACCUUAAUGAGACUACAGAGAAAAUUAUCACCUCGCCAUACGAAGACCCAUCCUUUUCUCGAUCAGUUUGGUUCCCUUUAAGCGCUGACGAAUUUUUUACGCCAGUCAGGAGCAAUUCGAAUUCUGAGCUACAUUCUACAGGGGUGGAUGAUGUGAUGGUUGGCCUUCUUGGGUUCAAAAUAGAAACUCAUUAUGAUUUGGGGCUGGGUUCCAUCGACCGUUCGAGACUUACCAUAAAAUACCCUCAAAGCGCUAUUGUGCUUUCUAAGAUGGGUGAAAGUGAGGUAGUACUUCACUACGUUUGUGGAUCCAUAUCACCUGGCAGGAAUCUACGUUCGCAAGAUAUCGACAGCCUGGAAACCCCGGAACGACGACGUUUCAUUUUUAAAGAUGAUCGUUCUUUGGAGAUAUGGGAAAUGGUAAAAAUCAUCUUUCCCACUACCGACCCAUAUGUCCGAGGGUGCGGGUUACCUGGUGACAUGGCGCAGUUAUUCAGGCCGGACACAGUUCUUCUACGGGAUGAAGCAGGGAGUGUUGUCGGUUGUGACGUCGACCUUAAAAGAACACACGUGGCGGGCUUCUACUGCCCACUUCCUUAUAGAACUGAUCCCCCCGAUUGCAGACCCAUACCUGGAACACUUCGCAAAUCAUUUAUGGGAGGCAACUUAUUGAAUUUACGGGUAAAACGAAGCAAACACUUUUACCUUUUUACCAAAACAAAAGGGUGUGAUAUAACUGCGAAAUUUCUGAGGAAGUCUGAUGCUACUACAUUCGAAUGCCACUGUUUAACAAUCACAGGUAAGCGGAUAACUACCAUCAAACUUCGCAAUUUUUGA